GGCAGUAGCUGACGGCCGUCUCAGCUUCUUUUCUUCUUCUUCUUCCUUAACUCGACAAGUCUAGUCCUGUCCACGCUCCUUUUUAACCACCCAUCCCAUUCCCAAUCUCAUCUUCGACUGCGCUCAGGCGAUUUUGCUACAACAGUCUUCCUCCUCAUCCGGACGUGACGAGCGCGUUGCGCCAAGCUCGUUUCACCCUCGACAGCGUUUGUCCACCUUCCGCAUCCAUCCAGCUAGCCUCCUCGCACCCAAAUCCAACAAGAGACGGUACACUGCCAAGACGUGCUGAAGCUAAUCUAUGGUUUGAUCCAUUCUUCAGUUCGUCCUUCCACGGCCCAACAUGACCUCAAGCCCGGCCCCAAAGGACGGCUUGCGGCAGCGAAACGUCGCCGGCUCUAAGAAGACCGCCAGUGCCUCUACUUUCGAGGAUGAGCUCGACAAGCUCGGGAAGGCUAGGGCUCCUGCUGCGGGCAACGACCUCGAGUACAAGCUCGGGCUCGCCCUGAUCACCUCGCUGGCUUUUGUCACUCGAUUCUGGGGGAUAAGCCACCCUGACGAGGUUGUCUUUGAUGAAGUUCACUUUGGCAAGUUUGCAUCGUAUUACCUCGAACGAACCUAUUUCUUCGACGUUCACCCUCCCUUCGGCAAGCUCCUUUUUGGCCUUGUCGGCUGGCUGGUUGGCUACGAUGGACACUUCCACUUCGAGAACAUCGGCGACUCGUACGUCGCCAACAAGGUGCCCUAUGUCGCCUUUCGCUCUCUGCCUGCCCUGCUUGGUGCCCUCACCGUCUCUGUCACAUACUUGAUCAUGUGGGAGUCUGGCUAUAGCCUGCCUGCCUGUAUCGUCGCCGCUGGUCUCGUUCUGCUUGACAAUGCCCACAUUGGCCAGACCCGGCUGAUCCUCCUGGACGCCACACUUGUCCUUGCUAUGGCGUGCAGCUUGCUAGCUUACAUCAAGUUCUACAAGCAGAGGCACGAGCCCUUCUCUAGAAAGUGGUGGAAGUGGCUCAUCCUGACCGGUUUCGCCCUGUCUUGUGACAUCUCUACCAAAUACGUCGGUCUGUUCGCCUUCGUUACCAUUGGCUCUGCUGUCGCAAUCGACCUCUGGGAGCUUUUGAACAUCAAGCGGCCUGGCGGAGCGCUAAGCCUGUUCGAUUUCGGGAAGCACUUUGCGGCACGGGCCUUUGGUCUCAUCUUUAUGCCGUUCAUGUUCUACCUUUUCUGGUUCCAGGUGCACUUUGCCGUCCUGACCCGGUCUGGACCAGGAGACGAAUUCAUGAGCCCUGAGUUCCAGGAGACUUUGAGCGACAACAUCAUGCUGGCCAAUGCCGUCACGAUUGACUUCUACGACUCGAUCAGCAUCAGGCAUAAGGAGACCAAGACAUACCUGCACAGCCACGAGGACCGUUACCCCCUCCGCUACGACGAUGGUCGCGUGUCCAGCCAAGGCCAGCAGGUAACUGGAUACCCUUACAAUGACACCAACAACUACUGGCAGAUCAUCCCGGCGGACGAUGAUCAGAAGCUAGGUCGUCAUAUCAAGCACCAGGACCUCGUCCGGCUCCGUCACGUCGUCACGGAUACUAUACUCUUGUCUCACGAUGUCGCGUCGCCGUACUACCCAACCAACCAGGAAUUCACAACCGUCCCGUUGGAGGAAGCUUACGGUCCUAGGUACCAGGACACCUUGUUCGAGGUCCGUAUCGAGAGCGGCAAGAAAGGACAGGAGUUCAAGAGCAUUUCCAGCCACUUCAAGCUUAUUCACAACCCUAGCAAGGUCGCCAUGUGGACCCACACGACGCCUCUGCCAGACUGGGCCUAUAAGCAGCAGGAGAUCAAUGGAAACAAGCAGAUCGCGCCGAGCUCGAACGUGUGGUAUGUUGAGGACAUUCCCUCGCUGGCUUUGGACCAUAAGCGACGUGAGAAGCCAGAGCGGAAGGUCAGGAGCCUGCCGUUCAUGAGCAAAUAUCUGGAGCUCCAGCGAUCCAUGUUCUGGCACAACAACCAGUUGACUAGCAGUCAUCCGUAUGCCUCUCAGCCGUUCCAGUGGCCGUUCCUGCUUCGUGGUGUCAGCUUCUGGACGCAGAAUGAUACUCGCCAGCAGAUCUACUUCCUGGGUAACCCUGUUGGCUGGUGGAUUGCCAGCAGUUUGCUGGCGGUCUACGCGGGUAUUGUUGCCGCCGACCAGUUCUCGCUGCGCCGUGGUGUCGAUGCCCUAGAUCAUAGAACCCGCUCUCGAUUGUACAACUCGACAGGCUUCUUCUUCCUGGCAUGGGCUACCCACUACUUCCCAUUCUAUGUGAUGGGCCGCCAGCUCUUCCUGCACCACUAUCUCCCGGCUCAUCUGGCCUCGACACUUGUGACGGGAGCUCUGCUUGAGUUCGUCUUCAACGCCGACACGCAACAGAGCGAGGGUUCUUCUUAUAACAAGAAUGGAAAGAAGCAAGUUGGCGGACCCAAGAGGCAUAUUUCAGCUCGGGAGAGGUUCGCUGGCCAAAGCAUGAUCCCGGCUUGGAUUGCUUGUGCCGUGAUCCUCUCGCUGGCCGCCGCUGGUUGGUGGUUCUUCCUCCCGCUCACGUACGGUUAUCCCGGCCUGAGCGUCGAGCAAGUCAAGGCACGCAAGUGGCUCGGCUACGAUCUCCACUUCGCCAAGUAAAGAUGCAGGCGCUUCAUUUAAAUCUCAAUGUGUUAGCAUUCCUGGGCGGGCACUCGACAUGUUGAGGAUACGUGUGUGUGUAUGUACAUUAGGUAAAACGGUGGCGUACUCAACUCAUUUACUGGCUAAGGAAGGAUUACAGCAGCACCUUGAAACUGUGCUAUUGGAGCUGAGCAGGGCCGUGGAUUUGUUGAUACAGGGAAACGUAUUGCCUGACCGGGGUGGCUCUAGGCACAGCAGGACACAGAGGGUCAGUUUUUGUUGCAGAAUAGUUGUCGAGAAUAACUGGCUGGAAUACACCAGAUUUUGGCGCUCAUGAGCAUAAGGAUAUGGCGAGUUCUUUGCAACAGUAUUUUCUUACGCCUGAUCACCAGGUGACCAAGUCACCUUUUCACAUUCACAUGUAAAUUCAAUGGCUUUACCACACCUGGGCGUUCAACUUUCACGCUUCUUCGGGAGGGAAACCACAAAUGCAGUAUGUUAUUUCUC